CACCCCACAAGGCCCAUACAUCAAAGAAUUGUAGAACACAAGACCUAGCUGUGUUAAGAGAAGAUGUUUCUAGAAGCACCUAGGACCACUGGAACCCUCCCCAGUCAAUAACGGGAAAAGGAGUCUUUAUAUUUAGUAGUUUAUUAAAUUUAAAUAAAACUCGAAAAUUCUACACAAACCCCCUCUUUAUUUCUCUCCUUUAAACCCCCCAUUCGUUUGGCUCACAAAAUCUCAAUAAGGAGUGCGUGGAACAGAGAUUCUAGAAGAUUCUAUUGUUUGAAUACUCAAAGUGGUAGGAAGGAUGAACGUUGAAGAAGAGGUUGAACGACUUAAAGAAGAGAUCAAGCGACUCGGCGUACCCCAACAUGAUGGUUCUUACAAGGUAACAUUUGGAGUGCUGUUUAAUGAUGACAGAUGUGCCAACAUCUUUGAGGCGCUAGUUGGAACAUUAAGGGCUGCAAAGAAAAGGAAAUUCCUAACUUACGAUGGUGAGCUCCUCCUCCAAGGAGUUCAUGACAACGUCGAAAUCAUUCUCAAGCCACCACUUGCUGCUGCCACUUCGUAAGGCAAUGCUCUGUACCUUUUUUAAUUAUUCUACUUUUUGAUUGGGAGUGUGUACAAGUUACUGGACAUGGCAAAUUAUUUUACCCGGGAUGGGGCGUGUGUGUGUGUGUGAUGUACUUCAUCAGGUUAACUUCUAUAUUAUUCACAUCUCCAGCUUCAGAAAA